GGAUCAGUGACGCCAGACGCAAAGCCCCGGGCCUGCCGCUGGAGCGUGAGGGCCGCUCGAAUUCCGUUUGGAGGCUUCUUUGAUCUCUCACAGUAGACAUCAUGAGCAAAGCUCACCCUCCCGAGUUGAAGAAAUUUAUGGACAAGAAGUUAUCAUUGAAAUUAAAUGGUGGCAGACAUGUCCAAGGAAUAUUGCGGGGAUUUGAUCCCUUUAUGAAUCUUGUGAUAGAUGAAUGUGUGGAGAUGGCAACUAGUGGGCAACAGAACAAUAUUGGAAUGGUGGUAAUACGAGGAAAUAGUAUCAUCAUGUUAGAAGCCUUGGAACGAGUAUGAACAAUGGCUGUGUUCACCAGAGAAAUCAACGCUUCCAUGUGUCCCCUCUCCACAUAUUACUACCAGAAAAAUUGGGUUGUGUACAUUUUCUUACUUUUUUGUUAAAUAAACUUUUGUAAUAGCCAAAAAUGCUUUCUUAGCUGUUCUCAACUUAGAAUAUCUGCUCUUAUUCUGAUUUUUUCCUGUCAUGACCUGUUAUUGGUUGAGACUGAUUAGUUCAGGUUUUUAAUGCAUUAAAAUAGAAAAAUCUUAUUAAAUAUGAAACAUUGGCAAGAUGCCCUCUUCCCAUAUCUUUUACUACUGAACAAAGUUAAAGAAGCUGCAAACCUGAAUGGGUUUCUUCUAAAACAUUAACUGGAAUUUUCAAAGUUGUUGCAAUAACUUGGACAGACUCUGACUUUUUCACAUGUAUCUACAUUCCAAGUACAGUUUCACUCAAACAACAUGGGUUAAACUGUGCAGGUCCACUUAUAUACUGGUUUUUUCCAAUAGUAAAUACUACAGUCCUACACCAUCCAUGGUUGAAUCCACGGAUUCCAAACGGAACAGAGGAACUGCAUAUGCAGAGAGCUGACUGCUCAGAGGGUCAGCAUCCAUAACCCCCACAGUGUUUUAAGGGUCAACCAUAUAGUACAACAGAAGUAAAACACAAAAGUAAUGAUGUCAUUGUUUUAUUUUGAACAUAAGUGGGAAAAAAUUUUGAAUACAAGAAUAGAAAUACAAUUCCAGAGGAAACAUUCCAGUGCAUUGUGGUUCUUUGUGGGGUAGAAGAUGGUGAUAAUGCUGCCCAUAAUAUACUCACCUAGUUUGUAAAUUUUACGGUGCAAACUCCAGUAAGAGAAUAUCACAGACAUGGAUCAUAAACCUAACUUUUAAAAAAUCUAUGAAGCAAAUGCUUAAAUUUAUUUUUGUGAUCUGAUAGAAAGCCUACAAAUCAUGAAUCACUUUAAAACUAGAGAGUGGGGUAUACACAGUAUGUGAGAUACUUAUAAACAAGUAUGUAAAAUGGUAUUCCCUAUUUAUAGGAAAUGUUUACAGAAAAAAUAUAGCUAGAGGGAUCAAACGAGUUGAUGUGAAGGCCAUACAUUUUUAUUUUUCCAUUCUCCCCUUUAAACCUUCCCUAACAUUGCAACCACAUAAAGUUGAAUUUUAGAACUGGUAGAAUUUCUAAGUGUGGCUCCUAACCGGCAGCAUCACGUAGGAACGUAA